AUGUGUGAGGUGGUUUUGUCGGAACAUCGGUGGAUGGAAAUCUGGCACUUUGCUGCUGCAGCGGCAACAGCAAUUACUGUUUGUGAAUCGGGAGGCAGACAACUAGAUUGUGGUGGCGUCAAUGACGAUGGUGAUGCUGACAUUGUGGGUUUGUCGAAGACAGUGAAUGAGAUGUGGACUGGAGUAACUGCGAGCGGUUUUCUACUUGACAAGCAGCGUUGUGUACGUGGCCGUGAAGGUGGAAGUGCUUCACUUCUGUUGCGAUGCAAGGAAGAGUUCGCAGCACUGGCCAAAUUGGUGCUGCGUCGCAGUCCAUUUGGAAAGGGAAGAGGACCCAUGACAGCCAGGCUGAUAUGCAGUCAGGAAUGCAUUCAGAUUGUGGAAUGCGUAUGCACGAGGCCUGAUAUCGUUGAUGGUGUUUGCUAG